CUUUCAUGACAUAUAUCAGAAUAGAAAAGAAUGAGAAUAGAAUUUGAUUCACUAUAUCUAACCUCAAUACACAAGCUUCCCUUGGUUACUUAUCUCCUGCUACGUCCUACGUUGUAAAUGGAGGCGUCAGUGGUGGUCGUGAUCAUCUUAAUGAACGCGUUCGCGUUUGGAAGUUCACAGUCAAACAACCAAAAUGGUAAUACCGUCAUUAGAUUAUCUUGCGGCAGUAACCCUGCAAUGUCUUCAUCAAGUUUUUUUAGUAACCUCAACUCUACAAUCGAUCAACUUAGAAGUCAGUUAUCAAACAACGGCGUAUAUUUUGCUAGAGCACAAAAUUCAAGGAACCAGGACUCGGUUUAUGGAUUAGCCCAAUGCAGAAACUACCUCUCCGUGUCACAAUGUGUGGCUUGCUUUGAUGUUGCUGUAUCUGCAGUCCAAACCUGCCCUGCUGUCAACGGUGCUAACGUUUUUCUUGAUAACUGCUUUCUUAGAUAUGAGAACUUUGAUGAAUUCUAUAGCAAUCCACAAACAAUAAUGGAUGUUGGUGUGGCUCCAACCGCGAUAUGUGGUAAUCAAUCGUCGUCUGAGCCAUCAACUUUCAACACUACGGUCCAAGAACUAUUGUCGGGUGUUAUGGCUGCUACUCCAAGAACUUCUGAUUUCUAUGUAGCGUCUACAAGGCAAGAUUCAAGUAGCAAUGCAACGGUAUACGCAAUUGCGCAGUGUGUUUUAAACACAAGCCAAGACGUAUGCCAAAACUGCAUAAAUACGGCGUAUAAUAAUCUCUAUACCUGUAUUCCACUUACCCAAGGAAGGACUAUUGAUUUGGGAUGUUAUAUGAGGUAUUCCGAGACUCCCUUUUUUCGAGAUAACCAGACAACCAACAUCAUACCUUUUCUCAAUGAAGGGAGUUCAAGCAAGCCGGGUAUGAUAGCUGGCAUUAGUGCCGGUGUUACUGCCUUUUUCCUUAUCCUUGCUUUGUCCUUGUGGUAUAAACUGCGGAAAAAGCCAGAAAUAAAUGAAGAUGCAUCGCCGUUACAAGGGUUAAAGAAUUACAAAUAUACAGAUUUGCAGUCUGCAACUCAUAACUUCUCCAAAGAAUAUCGAAUAGGAAAAGGAGGCUAUGGUGAAGUAUUUAAGGCAGUUCUAGACAAUGAGAAUGCAGUGGCAGUGAAGAAGCUUUAUGUUGAAUACGGUAAAGCAAAAAUGGAAUUCGACAAUGAAAUUAAUCUUAUAAGCAACGUGCGUCACCGAAAUCUUAUGCAACUACUUGGAUGGUCUAGUAACGGAUCCGAGUUACUUCUUGUCCUAGAGUACAUGCCACAAGGCAGCCUUGAUCAAUUUUUAUGGGGUGAAAAGAGAGGGACUCUAAAUUGGAGACAUCGCUUCGAUAUUAUCUUUGGGAUUGCAAAGGGUCUUGUACAUCUACAUGAAGAGUUCCAUGUUAAAAUCGUGCACAGAGAUAUAAAGUCCAGCAACGUUCUUCUUGAUAACGACUUCCAACCAAAAAUUGCUGAUUUUGGGCUGGCUAGAUUUCAACCUGGGGAUGAAUCCCAUGUUAGCACUCGCUUUGCCGGGACUCUGGGCUACACUGCACCAGAAUAUGCAACCUUUGGACGCUUAUCAGAGAAAGUCGACACUUACAGCUUUGGCAUCGUGGUUCUAGAAAUCAUCAGUGGUCAGAAAUGUACUGACGUGAACUCUGAUGAGCAAGGCGACACUUACCUUCUUGAGCAUGCAUGGACGCUGUAUGAAGAAGGGCUGCAUAUGAACUUGAUCGACGAAACAUUAGAUUCAAAAGAACACAAAGAGGAUAUUAUGAAGAUCAUAGAAAUUGCUUUGCUGUGCACUCAGUCACCGGUUAGUUCAAGACCAACUAUGUCAGAAGUUGUUUUAAUGCUGUCAGUUGGGCCAUCAUUUAGACCAAAACCGAUGACCAAGCCUACUUUAAUUGAAACUGAAAGGAGAAUCAAGUAACUUCUGCCAAGUGAUUAUGGCUUUUCUGUUGAAAGAGCUGUUACAUAGUAUUGAAUAAAGUCCUCUAGCAAGUUACAUUUUUUUUAGCAGCAAGCAACAGUUGAAUAGAACACGACGGUGGGGCCCACUCAAACUAGGGUAGUCUUAACUGGGUCCGAUACAUCCAACGCUGAGUAGGCAUCCAAGGAAACCUCACGUGAUCCCGGGUCAACGAGGAUCGUUCCCUCUAGCAGGUUACUAAAGUGAGGGUUUAACAAUGUACGUACAUAGAAUAAGAAAAGCAGAAAACAGAACACAAGUAAUUCUGAGCCAAUGAUACAAGAGACAGUUAAGAAACACAUGAAAGCUUUUUUUAUAUUUGGAUAAUGCCUAUGAAUUGAAGGUCACCCAAAUAUCAUAAAAUCGAAAGGAAUGAUGACACCAUUUGUCGAGUUGGUAAGAUCACACAAGUUCCACGAUGUUUUUAUGAAGUUCCAAAUACAAUUAGAUAUUUAGAUGUGAUCAUGGGUGGAAAAAUGGAUACACUAUGCAGCAAAAGUUGUAUAAUGGAUUAAUGGGUAUGAAUUUUUUGAUUUGUAAGUCUGUAA